AUGCCUCGCAUGACGCGCGCGAAGGCGGCCGAGGUCGCCGAGCAGCUUCAUGUUGAUGAGGAUGCGGUCCUCGAGACGCCAUUGGGAGAAGAUAUCCCUACAUCGUUGAAAACACAAACACCUGAGCGUAGCCCGUUGGAGGAGAUCAUGCAGAACAGCGGCGAGAGCAAAGACGAGGAUGCAGACUUGAAUGGCUUUAAGAAGUCUGUUCGGGGCAGCAAGGGGGCCAAGAAGGGUGGGCAGAGCAGGAAGGUGGACCUCAAUGGCAGCACAAUAAGUCUCGUGGAGGCCCAGGAGCAAGUUGAUGCAGUUAGAGAAGCCGGUGCUACAUCAACACUCGAUCAGACCAACAAGGACCUUGUUCUUGCCCAGCCAGCUGCCAUAAUGGCGGACGUCGCAGAGCUCUCAGCAGUGACGACACCCAUGAUCGAAGCUCUCAACGCCGAAUCGCCAGCAAAAGACGUCCGUGAAACCGACUUAGCUGAGUCUCACAUGCAAGACACAACAGAGGCGCGUGAUGAGACCGUCUCUGUUCUUUACGCGCCGCCAUCACCACUUCCUAGUGCGGUGCCCAACGUCAUCGCUUCUCUCCGCAAGAACACACCUGGUAUGCGAUCGACCAGCAACAAGGAGAACGUCGAGCCCAUGUCGUCACUGGCGCCGAGCUCGAUUACACCGCGCCCGUCAAUGUCAUAUGAUGCGCUCGAGGAGGCUGUAGUGCAUGGUGCCACACCCCCUGGCCCCUCACGCCGUGCUUCAGCUUUUGAUAUCAACGCUUCGGCAGUCGAAGCUCCAGCGACCGCCGCGACACUAGACACUUUAGAGCACGACAUCAUCACGACAUCCAAGAACGAGCUUACACAGAGUCUCCCGACUGAGCAGAAGCAGGUAUCAGACCCGAUCACAGCCAUGGACGCUUUAGAUGAUGCUGUGGAAAGGAUAUCCGCCGAAGUACCUGUCGUGCAGGCCACACCGAAGAAAGCGAAGGCUCAAAAGGCCACUCCAAUCGUGAGGACCACUAAAGCAAGCCAAGCAAGGCUGUCUAUGGCUCAAGCCGAGAAGUCAGGCAACCCCCGUCCAUCGAGCAUGAUCGGCAGAUCGAACAGCGUUCGCCAAAGUGUGUUCUCCUCGCAGCCGACAGGACGUAGAUUGAUGCCUGAUACACUCAAUAAGUCCACCAGCAUGCGCCAGAGCACCGCAACAACGCAGCCAGCAGUGAAGAGAGUCAUCUCAGGCAGCUCAAGUCUCAACAAGAGCACGAACGAGCCCAGGGAGAAGAAGGAGGUGGUCAUUCCGCAUAGCAAGCCGAGGCCAAUGUCCGUCUCCUUCCCAACACCGCCGCCGCCACCAAAGUCUCGCAAAGCUCCCACUACCUCUUCGUUCCAGCUUCCUGGAGAAGCAAUCGCAGCGAAGCUGAAAGCUGCUCGGGAAGAGCGUAUGAAGGAGGCUCAGCCUGAAGAGGAGAAGAAGCCUGCUUUCAAAGCGAGACCGGUGCCUGCUGGAUUGAAGAAAGCGUCUAGUGUGCGUCAGACGACAGCCAGCAGGGUGCGGGAGUCUGCCGUGGGUGGUGCGAGCACCGGCGGAACACACAAACGUGCCAACAGUGUCAUGACGUCUAGCACCAUUAGACCUCUUCAAGCUCCGACGACCAAGCCUGCGCUACCGGCCCUCAACGUGACCAAGCCGCGAGCCUCAACAGCCAUGGCCAACCUCACUCAACCCCGCUCUUCUCUUCGCACCUCCACCAUCGGCACGGCGCCCAUCCUAGGCCAGCGUGUGCCAUCAGGUAAGGGCACGUCCAAAGGCAAAGAAGUCUUCAAUCGCGCUGCACUAGCCAAGGACACAGCGGUAAAGGAGAAGCGUGAGAAAGAAGAAGCUGCUAAGAAGGCUAGAACGGCGGCUUCAGAGCGUGGAAGGCAGGCGAGCAGGGAGUGGGCUGAGAAGCAAAAGAUGAAGAAAUCAGGUGGAAGUAAGAGUGCUGGUGGAGAUAUUCAGGCUGCGGCAGGUGCUGAGGUUGUUGCUUAA